AUGACCUCAACUCGCUACGACCAUUUCGUGGUAUUAGAGAAGGCCUCUGGUGAUAGGCCUCUUCAAUGUUCAUCUCGCGUGUCCGACCAAAUACGUGCCCACAUAGACAACUACGUGUCGCAUGUUGUAUGGACAUACAAGGUCGGCGACGACUACUUUCUGGCCAUGGAGGUAAUCUUCAAAAGAAAUGAGACUGUCUGUUUUCGCCAGAAUAUUGAUGAUCGCUUGCAGAAAGCCAUAGCGAAAGAAGGAGCCUUUGACAUCGGCGGUGGGCCGCAUUCUACAACAGACACAAACAAGGCUAUGUACGUCAUUAUUGAUCCUCGUCAAUACUUUUUCAGAGAUCAACGGGGAACAAAUAGGGCUUAUCCACUUACGGGUGCUUUUGUGUUAACCUUAGACGGUGGUAAAUUCAAGUUCAAGGAGAUGGAAUUCCCCAUGACGCAGGCGCUCUAUGGGCUCAAGAAAGAUAUUCCAGGCAAAGUAGACCUAGGUAGCUGCAUUGGGGACUUUGAACUUGAGGCUGUUGUCAAUCCGCCAAACUGGUUUCAGCAGCCUCAAGACAGUCGAAUUGUUGCACCAGGUUCGGAUAUACUGGACUUUUUAACCUUGAAGGUUUCUUGGAACUUGCCACUCCCACAGAAAGACGCUACUAACCCAAAAGACCUCAUUAUACGCGGAAUGAAUGUCCAGCUACAAGAGCUUGUCAGCUGCAUCGAUGACGAAACAGCUUGCUUUGAUGAACCCACACGUUGCUUGAGGAAACUUACUCUUCACGACGCUAAGUUUGCGGGACUAAAUAUCGCAAAGGAAGAUUAUAGGUACUUGGAAAGGGCUUGUGUGUCUGAGGGUGAUAUUGACGAACUUCCGAAGGACAAGAUUAUAAGCCACCUCAUUUAUGAACAAGCAAGUGCUGAUUGCUAUAUUCCAUCAGAGUUAGCAAAAGAUGCUCUAGAGAAGGCCUCAACCCGAGACGACGUUCAAUAUGUUUCUCACCAAACCAUGGCGUUCCAGGGAAAAAACGGUAUCACGGCUGUUAAUACUAUCGACAUUCGGAUGCCUUUAGACCUGUCAAGUUCAAGCCUCAACUGGUUGCUGGCUUCCCUAUUACCUCAGGGAAGUAAUCUCAUCGCAGGCAUGGUGCGCCCUGUGUCUGAAUUUCAAAGUACAAGGAGUGUGGAAUCAGGUUGCCUCCGUGGAGGAUUGUUUCUUCGGGCCGACGAUCGUAUCAUUCCGUUUAAGUUUCCUUUUGGGGAUCCUCUUAGUCGCCCUGUUUGGCAUUAUUCGGAAGAUAAAUGUAAAGUUUAUCUUGCCGUUCAGAAGUGGUACCCGGAAUAUCCUGUCACUCUCACAGUCAGUCCUAAGAAACAUGAACGCUUUGCAUUUGAUGAAGGGGCUUGUGUUUUUAUGCCCGGUAUGAAAAUAGCAGAUGGUGUUCGGCUUCAGUUGACAUUGCCUUAUUCCAAGGAAAAGGCAGAAGCUAUGAGGAUUGAAACAGGCUCAGUGAAAUUUUAUACCCGGAGGUACACUAUCAGUGUGACGCAAUUCGAAAAGAAGAAUGAUAUGGAAUCCAACAAAGUGAGCUAUCUGCGGACGACUGUGGUAGAUAAAGUUCGUGACAUGAAAUCCCAUGAAUGGGACAGUUUUAUACAAGAUUCAACGACAGGUCUCCAUGCUUGUGAAGUUGACGUGGGAAAUUAUCUGUUCCCGGAUCUUCCACCUACAGUGUUAUCUGACCAGUUUCUUAGGGUCUAUGCACUAAGCUUUGUUGUCGGGUUGGUCGCUUUUGGAUUGGAGUUGCAAAUGACAGUACGUGUGCCCAUAGUGGUAGCUCACAAGAGCUCCAGUAAGCAUGGUACUGGGCAGAGCAUCAAAUCCCUGUCCUUUUCAGAAAAGGUAAAGAGUAAGCUCUUGAAGAUGUCAAAGAAGCAGUAG